AGCGACCUCGCGAAGCACUGCAGUCUGAGGCCCCAGAAGGGCAAGCAGAGUGCACCCGAAGAGGAGAGUGGAGGACGCGUUGAGCCCGGGCUUCGCCACUGGGGGCCGCAGUCACCUUCAGCACAGGGAAGUAGGGAGACACGAACCCAACGGGUGGCUCUGCCAGCUGGGCUCCCGCCAGCUCUGCCUCUGCUUGCUCUUGUCUCCCGCGCCUCAGCCCCAACCCAGGACGGAACUGGCGCGAUCUUCGCUGGACUCUGGGGGUUCGGACACCCACUCUCUGGCGGCUGCAGCCCGGGGCAGGGCACGCCCUCGGCGCGAUUGCCGCGCCCCUCUCGGGUCCACCCCUCUGGCCCUCAGGGAGCGCGCAGUCGCGGCCAGAGCAUCCUGUCUGCCAGCGCGCCCGGGCGGUGGGCAAUGGAGAAGCCCAAUCCGGUCCUCGGCCGCCGGGUUCCCGGCUCGCACUGCCCACAGCAUCCAAGCCCGUGACGCGAAGGCACUGGCCGAGCCUCAAAGAUUCAGGCUGGGGCCGAUCAGGGUGCCGAGGCCGCUUCUCCCCACCCCUGGGAGCCAGAGCGCCAUGCUAGUGGGCACUGGCUGCCGGCUGCCCCGGGGAGCCCAGGAGCCAACCAAAGCCGCGGCACUGCCUUAGCCUGGGUUGCAGACCCCUACCCGCGCUGCAGAGGCUGAAGUCAUCUGGUCCCCGGGGUGCCGACCGCCAGAGCGGAGCUCGGGCUGCCCUGGCGCUUGGGACCCGUCUCAGGAACCUUUGGGAAGCGCUGUGUUGGAGGCGGUGUGGACCACCGCCCCAGAGACGCACGAAAGCGGCGGAGGUGUGGGAGCCCGAGCUGAAGCAGCCUCGGAGAACUGAUUGAAGUUCCAGUGUAGUCAGUGUGCUUGCAAAUUCUAAAUCAUGGAGGCCAAUCAGGAAACGUCUCUCUUUUUGAUGAAGAUCUUGGAAGAACUAGACAGCAAGCAAAAUACCGUUUCCUAUCAGGACCUGUGCAAAUCACUGUGUGCCCGAUUUGAUCUGUCACAGCUUGCCAAACUGAGAAGUGUGCUUUUCUACACGGCAUGUCUCGAUCCCAACUUCCCAGCCACAUUAUUCAAAGACAAGAUGAAAUGCUCUGUAAAUAACCAGCAAUCAAAGAAGAUCAUGGUAGCAGCAGAUAUUGUGACUAUCUUCAACCUGAUCCAAAUGAAUGGGGGCACUGCCAGGGAGAAGCUGCCAGCGGGCUGCCAGAAGGUACACAAGAAGGAGUCAUCCUUUGAAUCUUGCAGAUCAGACACAGAGGUCUGCAAUGCUGUGGAGUGUGAGCCUCUGAACUGUGAGCUGAGUGACAGACCUUUCAGCCGAGGGUACCCCACCCGGCAGUCAUCCAAGUGCCGGAAGAUGGACUUCAAGGACUGCCCACAGUUUGUCCCUGCCUCUGAGCCCAACUUCUUGUUGGGUGUCAGCAAAGAGGUCAAAAACCGAGCUGCUUCCUUGGACAGGCUGCAGGCCCUGUCCCCAGCCCUGUCCCCAGCCCUGUCCCCUUAUUCUGUAGCCAGUCCUCAGCCCUGUGAGAUGCAGAGGACCUAUUUUCCAAUGAACAUUGAGAAUGAGUCCAUUUCCGAUCAGGAUUCUCUGCCCAUCAGCCAAGGCAUCAAGGAGACCUUCAUCUCCAGCGAGGAGCCAUUUGUGGUUCAGUCCUGUGUUCAGAAAAGGAACAUCUUCAAAGAAGACUUCCAUAAUCUUAUGGCGGUGUCCCCUAGCUUGGUUGGCCCCACUAACAAAGCAGAUGGGGAGCAUGGGGAUCCCCAGAAUCAGAAGGAACCCCACAAGCCACCCUUCUUUAAUCACAGUUUCGAGAUGCCCUACCACAGCCAGUACUUAAAUCCAGUUUAUUCCCCCAUCCCUGACAAAAGGCGGGUAAAGCAUGAAAGCUUAGAUGACCUUCAAGCCUCUACCUAUUUUGGACCCACUCCAGUGAUGGGAACACAAGAUACCAGGCGCUGUCCAGGGAGGCCCAGUAAACAGACCCCAUGGCCCGCCAAAAGCUGGAGCCUAAACACGGAGGAAGUUCCAGACUUUGAGCGGUCCUUUUUCAGUAGAAAUCCCUCUGAAGAGAAGCUGCGCUAUCCAAAUUCCGGCAGUCAGACCCCCAAUUUCUCAGCCCCAGACAGGCAUCCAGCUUACCUGGUGCCAAAGGAUCAACAGAAGGUUCUACCUGUCGGUUAUGUAGCAAAACCAAAUGGUCUCAAAUCUAAAGAGAUCUCCUCCCCCGUGGACCUGGAGAAGCAUGAAGCAGUCAAGAAGUUUAAAGACAAGAGUAUCAGCUGCACCACUGGGCAGCUCAGCUCAGACACCAGCAGUGUGGGCACACAGACAGAGCAGCAUGUGCUGGAUCCCAAAAAAUGCAAAGACCUGUGCACCUCUGGACAGGGCAAGUACAGUGACAGGCAUGCCAUGAAGCAUUCGGACGAUGACUCGGAAAUCGUCAGCGAUGACAUCAGUGACAUUUUCCGAUUUCUCGAUGACAUGAGUGUCAGUGGCUCUACGGGGGUGAUACAGUCGUCCUGUUACAACAGCACUGGCUCCUUGUCUCAACUUCAGAAGUCAGACUGCGAGAGCUCUCCAGAGCACAACCUUGCCAAACUCGCCAGUGGGGUCUCCAACAGCAAGGGAGGCAAGUGCAGCCGGCCUGAAAACACCCAUCACUCAGAAGAAGAGUUGAAGACCAGUGUGUGUAAAUUGGUUCUCAGAAUCGGUGAGAUUGAACGGAAGCUGGAGUCACUGUCAGGGGUCCGUGAAGAAAUCUCCCAGGUCCUAGGCAAACUAAAUAAACUAGAUCAGAAAAUACAGCAGCCGGAGAAAGUAAAUAUGCAGAUCGACCUGAACUCCUUGACCAGUGAGGCACCUUCUGAUGACAGUGCCUCUCCCAGGGUCUUCCGCGCCCAGAAUGCCUCCCACGGACCCAAAUUGGAGAACAGCCCAGACUGGUGCUGUUCUGAUGCCAGUGGAAGCAACAGUGAAAGCCUGCGCGUCAAAGCCUUAAAGAAAAGCCUCUUCACCAGGCCGUCUUCUAGGUCUCUGACGGAGGAGAACAGUGCCACAGAGUCCAAAAUCGCUAGCAUCUCCAACUCUCCCAGAGACUGGCGAACCAUCACGUACACCAACCGCAUGGGCCUCAAUGAGGAGGACGUAAAGGAAGAAGGCCCAGGAGAUAGCAAGGACUGGCGCCGAAAAUCCAAGGAGGCAGACAGGCAGUAUGAUAUACCCCCACAGCACCGACUGCCCAAGCAGCCCAAAGAUGGCUUCCUGGUGGAGCAGGUGUUCAGUCCUCACCCUUACCCUGCCUCCCUCAAGUCCCACAUGAAGAGCAACCCCUUGUACACAGACAUGCGGCUGACUGAGCUAGCAGAGGUAAAGCGGGGCCAGCCUUCUUGGACCAUUGAGGAGUAUGCUCGGAACUCUGGCGAAAAGGGCAAGCUGACGGCAGUGGACCUGCAGACACAAGAAUCUUUAAACCCAAACAACUUAGAAUAUUGGAUGGAAGAUAUUUAUACUCCAGGCUAUGAUUCUUUAUUAAAACGGAAGGAAGCUGAAUUUAGACGAGCCAAAGUCUGCAAGAUAGCUGCUCUGAUCGCCGCUGCUGCAUGCACAGUCAUUCUUGUCAUUGUUGUGCCCAUCUGCACAAUGAAGUCCUGAACCUGUGGACACAUCAUCACAUGAAGCUCGUGAUCACACUGUCUUCCUUUGUAUUUCAAAGCUCGCCGCAGUGUGGCCACAGUUCGUUGACACAGAGACAAAGUUCUAGGCGCUUUUCUACAGUUGCUGAAAGUUGUCUUCAGAGAGUGUGUACUCUGAGAAGUCCGCCGAUCUGUUAAGCUUAGACUUCUUUAUACUCUGAUGCAUUUUCAGAAGUGCAAUAUCUUUUCCCACCUAAGGAAUGUUACAGUAAAUACAAAUGAAUAUUCCAAGCCAAAAAAAAGGAAGAUGAAUUAAAUUUUUUCCAUUUUGAUGAUGUUUCAUGGUGGGGGCUAAGUUAUACAGAAAAUGCUAAUACCUAAUAUUUGGGGGAGCUGAGGGUGAUAGUAAGAUGAGACAGUAAGGGGGUGAAAUCGAUUUUCUUUAACAGCCUAAGACUGUGGCUGGUGAAGUAACCAGGCCUGUGUCCAUCAAGGACAUCCCUCUUCUGCAGACUUUUCUCAAGGGCUACUGACCUCCUUCCUACCAUUCAGUCAUUCACUAUAGGAAGUACGAAUCCCUGCAGAUCUUGAGGAUGGCAUUCUGUACCUUCUUCCUGUACCCAGGUGGGAAGGAGCUGGACUGCCAAGCCAGGCAUGGGAUGCAGUGCACUCUUUCUGCAGAGUGGACCAAGGUACUCAGGAUAGGCAACCUUCCCAUUGUGUCUAACAUGGGGAAACUUGCUGGUGGGGCGAGCUCAGCAUCUGAAGAUUAUAGUCACCCCAAAGAAUCUCCACUUCUCGUUUCAGCAUGUGGCUCCAUGCUUUGCUUUUCUAACUUCUGGUGGUAUCUGAUGUUCUGCACUGAAGUUUGGAACUUGUCCUUGUGCCUUGAAGAGCAAAGACAAUGGUGACACUUAGACAUUCUAACUGUAAACCGUGGUUUCCAUCCACUGCUGGUACCAGCUGUUUUCAGUGACUUUGAAAAGAUCUUGGAAGCUUAUUCAAUAGUGUGAUAAAGGCACUGAGGUCUUCUCCACUCUGGCAACGUUUAUGUCAGAGUUUUGAACACUUGUCAGCAGUGCAAAAAACAGUGUCUAUUUAAUCAUUUAUCUAUCUACAUGUAUAACUAAAUACCUGAUUUUUGUUUAUUGUCUUCACUGUUAAGUGACUUGAGAGCGAGUUUUUUCCAGUCUACAAGAUGCUGUUGUAAUUUCAUCAGAGUCUGAUCUAUCUUUCCACCUGAAUGGUGCUUUGACAAUAAUUGGACAGAAAGAAUCCUCAUCAACAUCUAUGUCUAAUAUCUUGCUACAGGUUAAAGAGAAAAAGAUAAUUGACAGAAACUAGGACUCAAAUUCUUGUAGCAACAAGAUGGAAUAUACAUACAUUUUGGUAGUAAGAAAAAUCAUUUUGGAAAAUAUGCAAAAUUCCUGCAAGUGAGAUUUAGGAAACACUUCAAUUUUUAAAGCAAUAGGAGCCCAUCAUCCUCCUAAACAACCCCAAUUCAUGCUUAGUUUGCCGCACCUGAUCCUCUUGUCCACUGUUAAAGGGUAGUCAGUGAAUUUUAUGAGACUAACAAAUGAGGGAUGGAUGCUCUCACAUGUAGUGAGCCUUUGUUUUUAGAGGUCCUCGUGCUGCCUAUUUGUAUUGUUAUGUUUACAUAUGGGUCUUCCAUUAGGUGACUGAAACUCAAGCCUUAGAAUGGAGGACUGUCAUUGAAAAAAAUUAUAUAUAUAUAUAUAUAUAUAUAAAACAUACACACACACAUAUAUAUGUAUAUAUUUGUCUGUUGUCAGGAUUUUAGUGUUUUGGUGCUUUGUUUUAGAUUGGGCACUUCAAAUAAGGUUAUUUCUUUCACUCCAAAGAGGAAAUUAAGUCACAUCCUUGGGAGUUGCUUUCCCACCUCUCCCUUUUCAACAAUGACUCUAUUCCACAUCUAAUCCCACUGUGACUCUUCUCUUCAUCAGAGAUUAAGCUGUCAGAAAUAGAAGUUCUCAAACUCUUGGUGUGUGAUUUGCAGAAAGUAGAAAUGUACUCACCCAGGAUAAGAUAAAUCUUUUCAAAUCCUUACUCCUUCAGGUGGGCUCAUGGAGGCUAGACCAAACCACUUUUGCCACUGCCCGAGGGUAAAUCUCUUCCUAAUAGGCCCUAUGUGGCUCUUGUGCCUAGCUACCUAGGGAGGGGAUGAUGAUAAACCUAGUUCAGGCAUACAAUGAAAGAACCCUUCAGAAUUUUCUAAUACUCUUAAUUUCUGGGGACAUAGCCAAAGAAACUCAAUUUUGCUGUAAGUCCAGUAUAACUUUAAAAUCCAGCACAAUGCUGUUGAAAGCAUCCAGACAAAGUGAUAACCCAGGAAGCUGGAGAUUGAAGGCCAAGGCAAGGAAGGAGGUUUUCUCUGGAAAGAGGACAAGCUCAAGCAGAUGAUACCAAGUCUGGUGCUGAAGAGCUAUACCUUUGCCAUGGGUGUUUAGGAUCUUGAAAUCUGUUAAGCGUGAAGUUCCCAGUCAGAUCCCUUUGCCAUUGACCACACGCUUUCUUUCCCUGGGUCUCAGACUUACCUUAACUUCUCCAAUCCCUCAAUUUGUAGAAUGAAGUAAGGCUGAGU